AUGAAGAGGAUACGACCCUCACGAUGGAGCGGCCAAUUGCUCCAGGCCCGACGUGGCGCCGGCAUCGCAGCAGCUAGACAGCCCUUCCUCCUCGCCGCCCGACCUCAAUCGACGUCCUCGGCCGCUGCGCACGACUCUUCUUCUACUUCUACACCCAUCGACUCUCCUCCUCCUCUCCCCGCUCCCUCAUUCUCUCGAGCUGCCCAGUCGGCAAAGCUCGCCGCCCUACACGCCCGACUCUCCCUCUCGAAAAAGAUCCCGUUACAGACGCUGGCCAGGGCGUUGGUGACGCCGUCCGCGGACGCCAAUCCCAACUUCAACAACACAAACCUGGCGUAUCUGGGGAGCACAAUCGUCAACUACCAUGUCCUCGAGUACCUCGUCUGCAAGUGGCCCCGCCUGCCCAUGGCAAUCUUAUACGAAGCCCUGAGGGCCUACGCUGGUGACGCCUCGCUGCAGCAGGUCGCCAGGAGAUGGGGUGUUGAGUCUGCGGCUGCCCCGGGAGAGGAGGUCGAUCCGGGUCUGCUGCAGUGGAAGGCAGGCGAGGAUCAGUUGGUGAACACACGGUGGGGCUACGUCCGUUCUGACAAGGCUCCCGCCUGGAGACGAGGAUUGAGCAGUCGUGUGGUUCUAGACAACGACUUUGGCGAUCAGGUCAGCAGUCUCGAGGCCGAGAAGCCGGAGUUCGACACCCUCCAGAGCGAGGCAUUUGGAUCCGUUGUCCAAGCUGUGAUUGGCGCCAUCUACACCCACUGCGGCCGUGAGGAGGUCAAGGCUUUUGUUAAAUCUCACAUCUUAUCUCGAGAGCUCGAUCCCUCAACACUCUUCGAGUUCAAGCUCCCAACCCGCGAACUGGCCAUGCUGUGUGCCCGAGAGGGCUUCGAGGCCCCCGUCGCUCGUCUGGAGAGCGAAACUGGUCGAUUGUCCCGCACUCCCGUUUACGUGGUGGGAAUCUACAGCGGCAAGGAGAAGCUGGGAGAGGGCGCCGGCCCCAGCCUGGAUGUGGCCAGGAGACAGGCGUCCAUGGCAUCGCUCAAAGCCUGGUACCUAUACAGUCCUGGAAACAAAGUGCGGGUGCCCAGCGACAUGAUGGAGGAGGGCGCCAAGCCCUGGAAAGCACCAUAUAUUGACAUUGGUGAAAUCAUCUAA